GCUGGAUACUAAAAAGAGGCUAUGACGCGCAGGGCAGUAUGGGACAGUGUGGGCAACGUGGGGCUGGACGGGUGCCCCAGAGGGUCACAUCGCAGUGACGCGGGAAGUCUGGACUAGGAAGCAGAAGAGGAUUUGUGUGGCAGCCGAGCCUCGGGCUCCUGCGUUGGCCAUGGCUGAGAGGCCCGAGGACCUAAACCUGCCCAAUGCCGUCAUUACCAGGAUCAUCAAAGAAGCACUCCCAGAUGGUGUCAACAUCUCCAAGGAGGCCAGGAGCGCAAUCUCCCGCGCAGCCAGCGUCUUUGUGCUGUACGCCACAUCCUGUGCCAACAAUUUCGCGAUGAAAGGGAAACGCAAGACACUCAAUGCCAGUGAUGUGCUCUCGGCCAUGGAAGAGAUGGAGUUCCAGCGGUUUAUUACUCCGUUGAAAGAAGCUCUGGAAGCAUAUAGGCGGGAGCAGAAAGGCAAGAAGGAAGCUUCAGAACAGAAGAAGAAGGACAAAGACAGAAAAACAGAUUCAGAAGAGCAAGACCGGAGCAGGGAUGAGGAUAAUGAUGAAGAUGAAGAAAGGCUGGAAGAAGAAGAACAGAAUGAAGAGGAGGAAGUAGACAACUAAUAUAGACUGUGGCACUGUGGAAGCCACCACGCUGAUACAUGGUGUAUGUUUAUGUGAUGCUUUUCCCUGCUGGGCAGAGUAGUCUUAGGCACAGGUGCCUGGGAGAUCAGAGUAAAAACUGACUGUAAUUAUCAUCAAAACCAGCGUUUCACUGACUCAGAGCUUCUGAGUAGCAGAAUCCUCUUUUGUUUAAUCAGUUUGAAGGUUAUAACUUUGUUGGCAAGAGGGAUUCUGAACAGCUAAUUCAAUUAGCAAUGUGUUAUUUUGUUUACUUAUGUGUAUGGUGAUAUACUUUUUUUAAUCACCAGUCUUCCUGCCCCUUCAAAAAAAUAACUUCCAUGGUGCCUGCUAUGGUCCAGAUCACAGAGGCAGUGAAGGCUCAGGAAAAAAUAGAACUUUGAUCGUGGUCAGCCAUAUUUGAUUCACAGUAGCUUAUUAAGAAUGUUCAGAAUGGGCUGCCCAUGACAUGCCUGUAAUCUCAGCUGUGUGGGAGGCUGAGACAGGAGAAUUAAAGAGUUUUGAGCCCAAUCUGAACAACUCAAUGAGGCCCUGUCAUCCCGACCCCAAAAAUAGAUAAAAGAGCCUGGGUAUGUAGCUUAGAAUUCCCUCACAACUGUGGGGUUUGUUUUUUUUUUGUUUUUAAAGAUAAUUUGUUCUAUGGUUUUUUCACUUGACAGCAUUAAUUGAGUUCAAUUUUCUCUAAAACUACCUGGCUUUGGGCCUUCCUGCGUUGCCUGUAGGCAUCUGACCUGUGCGGGUGGUUGCGCUCUGGGCACAGUGUGCUCUUAAGUUAGCAGUGUACUUUGGAAGUCAUCAAACAAACAAGAAUGUUUUACAAAACAGAUGACUUAUUCCUAGGUUUACCUCACCCCUGCCACGGUACAGUUUAGAAUUUAUUGUCACCUCCUGAAAAGUGUAAAAUCUGAGGCUUAUUAGCUCUUAUUAGGUCCAUCUCCCAGACUUGUGGCUAUGAUUUUUCAUUUUUAUUCCUUACAAGUUAAGGGCUUUGUUCCAUCCAAGCACAACAUUUUCCCUCUGCGCUUCUUGCUUUCUAUUUCUUGUCUUCCUGUCCUCUGCUUUCUGUUCCCACUUGCUCUCCCUUUCUAAUUCAUGUGCAAAUCUAGCAACUUUGAACAUAUGCUCAUAUCCCAAAAUGCAGGUUCCUUAAUUCUGAUCUGUGGCCUAAAAAGGAUUUUGUGAGCCAAGCGUAGUGGCACAUACCUGUAAUGCCAGCACUUGGGAGGCUGCAGCAGGGGAAUUGUCGCAAGUUCAAGGGCAGGCUGAACUACUUAGCAAGGCCCUUUCUCAAAAUAAAAAAGAUUUUGUGAAAGUCCUCUGAAUAUUGAGAAAAAUCUGAUGGUGCUCAGGAAUCUAACCCCUUAGCCUGGCCAUCCCCUCGAGCUGCUUCUAAAGUGUCUGUGAACUUUUCUUAGCCUUUUCUCUUUCCAAUUAGUGUUCUAGGCGCCUUUCUCUCUCAGUUGAGCACUCGGGAUUUGACAGGUAUAGUGUAGUUUGACACUGUUAACUUGUUAAAUGCAAAGUUUGUUCAUAAGUGACUGAUGACUGUUGAGAUUAUAAUGCUUUGUACAAAUAAAGAACAUUUCUUGUUUA